AUGCAUUUCACCACUGUUCUCGCGCUGGCCGCCGCUGGCCUCGCUGGCCAGGCUGCUGCCGGCCCUCACCUCAACCACCAGCAUGGCGUUAGACAUGUUCACGAGAAGCGUGCCCUUGUGACUGAGCUCGUCACCGUCACCAACUGGGUCACCGUCACCGUCACUGGUCACUCGCCUACCGGUCGUCGCCAGCACUACACCAACACUCGCAAAGCCAAGAAGGUCAAGCCUACUCCUUCCAGCCAGGCCGCUCCUGCCCCGCCUCCUCCUCCUCCCGCGUCUGUUGCGCCUGCCCCGGAGCCGACCACAGUCAUCACUCGUGUUCGCCCUGCUGACCCUGAGCCCACUCCCGCUCCGGUCGAGCUCCCCAAGAGCGAGCCCGCGCCUCCUCCCCCGGCUCCUGUUGUUGUCUCCAGCCAGGCCCCCGCGGUGGUCGUAAAGCCAGAGCCAGUUCCCAAUCCUGCUCCUGCCCCUGCCCCUGCCCCGGCUCCAGCUCCAGCUCCCGCGCCCAAGGGACAGAGACUUGGAGCAGGCUUGGCCUACAAUAACCCUAACUUGUUAAAAACCUUGCUCGGAUCUGGCACCAAGAUUGGCUGGACCUACAACUGGGGUCAGCGCGAUGACUCUGGCACUGGCCUUCCCUUCAUCCCCACACUCUGGGGUCUCAAGCUGGAUUUUGCUCAGGUCUGGCCUGCCAAUGCCCAGAGAGCCAUCGACGCUGGCUCGCCGUGCCUUUUCAGCUUCAACGAGCCCGACCACGGAACCCAGGCUAACCUCUCCCCCGAGGUUGCCGCUGCCAAGCACAAGGAGCUCAUGAACCCGUUCCAGGGCAAGGCGCGCAUUGGUUCACCUUCCAUCACCAACGGCGGUGGCCCCGACAUGGGCAUCGAGUGGAUGAAGAGGUUCUUCGCUGCCUGCAACGGUGGGUGCGCCGUCGACUUUGUCAACAUUCACAUUUACGGUUUCAGCACUGAGCAAUUCUUGGACCACCUCGUCAAGGUGAACGAGCUGUUCAAGAAGCCCGUGUGGAUCACCGAGUUUGGAUUUAAUGGAUCCGACGACGAGAUCGCCCAGCAGCUUAAGACCGUCAUUGACGCCAUUGACAACGACCCCAAGUAUGCCUUCGUCGAGGCCUAUUCUUACUUCAUGGUUGAGGAGGGCAUCCUGGUCAAGGGCAACCAGCCCAGUCGCUAUGGUAGGACUUUUGCCUAUGGCGGGGCCAACUAA